CAGAGUGAAACACAGAUCAAGGACUAACCAGACACAAGAGGAGGGAUAAGUUAACUCACUGCUGCAUCUGGGAUUACUGACGUGUGACUGGUUUCAAGGUGGCAGCCGUGAAAAAGACAUCAUGGCAGGUGACGAUCUCAAAAAGGAGGAAAGGGGCAAAGGAAAGAGCAAAGACGUGUGUGGCUACCCUAUCAGUAUCUUCUUCAUUGUUGUGAAUGAGUUCUGUGAGCGGUUCUCCUACUAUGGGAUGCGAGCUGUGCUGGUGCUGUACUUUAAGUACUUCUUGCGCUGGGACGAUGACUUGGCCACCUCCAUCUACCACACCUUUGUGGCUCUCUGCUACCUGACCCCCAUCCUCGGUGCCAUUGUGGCUGACUCCUGGCUGGGAAAAUUUAAGACGAUCAUCUACCUGUCCAUCGUCUAUGCAAUUGGUCAGGUGGCAAUGGCGGUAAGUGCGGUCCAUGACAUCACCGACACGGACAGAAACGGGACACCAGACAACAUGACCUUCCAUGUGGCUUUUUCCAUGGUGGGUCUCUUCCUCAUCGCUCUGGGAACUGGUGGCAUCAAACCUUGUGUGGCUGCCUUUGGUGGAGACCAGUUUGGAGAACACCAGGAUAAACAAAGGAGAACUUUUUUCUCUGUGUUCUAUCUGUGCAUCAACGGUGGAAGUCUCCUGUCAACCAUCAUCACUCCAACCCUCAGAGCUCAGGAGUGUGGCAUCUACACCAAGCAGAAAUGCUACUCUCUGGCCUUUGGUGUCCCUGCAGCACUCAUGGUGGUUGCACUUGUGGUGUUUAUCCUGGGUAGUGGUAUGUACUACAAACCAAAACCGCAGGGCAACAUCAUGCUGGAUGUGUGUAAAUGUAUAGGGUUUGCCAUUAAAAAUCGCUACAGGCACAGAAGCAAUCAAUACCCAAAGAGGCAGCACUGGAUGGACUGGGCAGAGGAAAAAUACGAAAAACUGCUCAUCGCUCAAAUUAAAAUGGUGCUGAAGGUUCUUUUCUUAUACAUCCCACUGCCAAUGUUCUGGACCCUCUUUGAUCAAAAGGGUUCGAGAUGGACUCUUCAAGCCACAACAAUGGAUGGUCACUUUGGGUCACUUGUUAUUCAGCCUGAUCAGAUGCAGACAGUCAACCCCAUCCUGAUCCUGACACUGGUGCCGGUGAUGGACAGCGUGAUAUAUCCUCUCUUCAAAAAAUGUGGCCUGAACUUUACACCUCUGAAAAGAAUGACAGUGGGGAUGUUCCUGGCUGCUCUUGCUUUUGUCUGUGCUGCCCUGGUCCAAAUUGAGAUCGAUAAAACAUUACCUGUCUUCCCGUCCGCCUCUGAGACUCAGAUGAAAUUACUUAACAUGGAUAGCAACACAGUUACAGUUCAGUUGCCAGGCAAGGAUCCUGUGACUCUACCUGCAGGUCAGGCAAGUCCUGAAUACUUCACAUUUGACCAUGAGGAAAUCACUAUUUCAAUAGGCAAUCCUCCAACAAGAUUUGAUUUUAAUUUGACCAAAGGAAUGCGGCAAACAGUUCUUCUUCCCUCAAACAUCCUUGAUGGAGUGGUGGUGACUGAUGAUUUGAUUUCAAAGCCAGACGAAGGAAGCAAUGCAAUCCGGUUUGUAAAUGGAAAGAGUACAUCCGUGAGCAUCACCACGGCACCUGAAAACAUCCAAGUGAUUGAACCAUUUUAUUAUUCCAACUAUACCCUGGUAAAAAAUGGAAUGAUCACGUUCACCUUGCAGAGUGGCUCACAGUCAUGUGAAUAUAGCAAGGAAUUUGGAUUUGGAAGUUCAUAUACUUUCUUCAUCCCCAGCACUUUAACUUUUGGACCAAGUUGCCAGGAGUCCAUUACAUCAGCAGAGAACAUACAGCCUAACUCGGUUCACAUGGCCCUCCAGAUCCCGCAGUACUUCUUCAUCACUGCCGGUGAAGUGAUGUUUUCUGUGACUGGCCUGGAAUUCUCCUAUUCACAGGCACCCAGUAACAUGAAAGCGGUGCUGCAAGCAGGGUGGUUGUUGACUGUUGCUGUCGGAAACGUUAUUGUCCUGAUAGUGGCAGAACUGGCAAAACUUCCCAAUCAGUGGGCAGAGUACACCCUGUUUGCCUCUCUCUUGGUGGCGGUGUGCUUCAUUUUCUCCAUCAUGGCACAUUUCUACACCUACAUCGACCCCGCAGAGAUCGAGGCCCAGUUCAGAAAGAAGGAUGACGAUAAGGAUGAAAACCAGUACCAAAAUGUUGAGAUGACCAAAAGAGACUCAGUUGGAAGUGAUGACAAUGAAGAAUCGAGCAAAACCAAAAUGUGAAUAACAGAUAUGCAUAAUGUACUUUGUACUUCAAGUCUGACAUCAACACAGAAGAGAUAAUGCACGAGACGUUUCUGAGUGUGUGUGUGUGUGUGUGUGUGUGUGUGUGUGUGUGUAUGUGUGUGUGCGUGCAGGUGUGUUUUAAGAAUUCUAUACUGUAAUGACAAAACAGCAUCAUGAGCUGAGUAAAGGAAGUCAUAUAAGAUUGGCUUGAGCCUACGAAAAUCAAAGAAAGUAAACUGGAACAUUGGAACUGCAGAUGAAUGUUAUUUCCUGAAGUUUACAGAAGAUGUUCAGUCAAAAAUGUUCCGUACUAAUGAAUCUAAUUGCUGUUUUAUAUUUGUAUCUAAGUUAUGUUUAAGUAAACAAAAAAUAAAAUAAAACUCUGUGUCUG